AGUAAACUGGUUCUCUGUCCCAACAGUAGAGACAGAGAAAGCCUGGCGAUCUGCCAUAGAAAAAUAUUGUGUACACUGGUAUUCUGUGAUAAUUGGCCUGAACAGAGAAUAUGUAAUAGAUCCUAAACUGAACACGAAUUAUGGGAGAUGGGCAAAUUAACACUGAUUAUUUGAGAUAUGAGUGGUACCGACUCCAAUCAUUUUCUAAUGUGGAAGCCAACCAAUCGGUAAGCUUAUUACGCUUGGCAAGGGAUGGAUUUUAUCAUACUGGUCAAACAAACAUUGUGAAAUGUUGCUUUUGUGGAUUUGAAUGGCCUGAUUGGUCUGAUGGAAAAAUACCUGAUCACUGUGUUGAACGAAAUCAGAAUAUCCCCAUACAUGCAGAUAGGAGUAUAUUGGUGCCAAGUGGACAGUGUUUAUCAGGGCCCACACCAACUCAUUUCCAUUACAUAAUACGGCCUCAAAACGUCGUCCAUGAACGAAGUCUUCGUGCAACAGAUUACUACAGGCAGAAUCUUUCAGAAAGGUUAAAUACAGAUAGUAAUGGGCAUAAUGAAAACCCAUCUUCAUGUGAAAGUUUACGUAAAAAGUCUAGUAAAGUUGAACGUAAUGGAAGUAGACAAACACAGCGUCAAAAUGAAGAACAAAAUAAUAGUAAUCUUGAAACUGCUGUAGAAAUUCAAGGUUGCGCUGAUUCUACACAAUCCACCAAUUAUGCAAGAAGAAAAUUUACAGAAUCCAAAAUAUCACAUGACAUAGAAAAGAAUGGAAGAUUAAAGUCUUGUACAACUCGAACAUCAACAACGCCAGUUGGACCACAAUGCUCAACCCGAAACAGAAACACAUCUGUGAACCACACGGUUGUGUCAACUGAAGAUAGUUCUGAAAGAUCUCAAAUGAGCUCUAAACCAUGCAAAGAUUCUGUUAAUGGAGCUUUGCGCCUGUCUGGCAUAAAACCACAUUUACACGUAAGUCCUGUAAAGCCUCAACUCAGUAAAGGAGUAAAGAAAUGCACAGGAGUCCCGCGGGUAUAUAAGGACCGGCUUGCAACGUUCCAGGGAGUGUCCAUUCCUCAGCCAUCAGACAUCCUAGCGGCGAAUGGGUUUUAUUAUAUAAGGAGCUCUGUAGCAGUGAAAUGCGCGCAUUGUGAAGAGGUGUGGAAUGUAAAAGACAGCAGACAGAGUUCCAAUACUGUUCACAAGCCAGACUGCAAGUUCCAUCUGACCCAAGAGGAAUCCGAAAGUAGUGAAACAUCAUCUCAGCCCAACAGUAUGUCUGACACUGAUGUAUCAAGUCUCCCCGCUGUACAGGAAGUCAACCAGUUUGGAUUCCACACACCAGACAUCGUCAAUGCCUACCGGGAAAUAUCAUCGGAUAGCCUAGAUUUUCGAUGCAUAACCCAAACACAUAUUAUGAGCUACUUCUAUGAAGACGACAAGGAUGAAGAAAGCACUGAAGAAGAUGGCAUCGGUUGUGCGUGCUGUAAGUGCUUACGGGAUGUGAUUUCCGAGCUGUAUCUCCCCUGUCUUCAUGGCUGUUGUUGUGACUGUAAGUCACGUGUCCUUCGUCAUUGCCCAAAAUGUGACGCCAUCAUCAAGUCAAAACUUGAUAUCUAUACAUAAGAUGUUGUGAACAAUGCCAGUGUGAACUGUUAAUUUCAAACAAUGGAUAUUUUGUCUUUUUUACCUUAUGUUUUGGUUUUAUUGUUGGUCAGAGAAGAAACCAAUGUGUGAUAAAGAACUUCUGCAUCUGACAAUGAGAACAAUAAUUCAAACCAAUUUGUUAUUCCAAUUUUCAUAUCUUUGAUAGAAAAAAAAUUUGGAUGUGAAUAUUGAAUGAUGUUUAUAGAUUGUGGAAAAUUAUGUAAUAUUACCAUUAAUAUAGAUUGUAGGCAAAUGAUAAAUAAAAUGUUACUGUUUAAAUAGACUGUAGAAAAAUUAUAUGUAUGAAAUAAUAGUUUUUAGUAGUUUGUAGACGAACGAUAUGUAUCAGAGAAAACUUUUUUAAUAAUGUUUGCUUUUUGAUGUAAAUUAACAUAAUAUUAUGCAUUUUCACAAUAUUUUCUAUUUACAUUUAGCGUGAUUUUCACGAAACACUUUUAAUUAUCUUAUUGUUUGUUCGCUUUUUUCUUAGUUUCGAAGCAUUAAACUGUGUGAAAGAUAUUAAUUGUACUUUUUGUUUUUUAUAUUAUAAAACUAAACAUGUUUUUAUUCGAGUAUAUUGAUUUAAAUUUUUUUUAAUAUGAUUCUACCCUGAUAAAGUGAAACAGCAAGAAUACUUCAUUUAUUUCAUUUACAGAUAUGAAAUGGCAUUUUUUUUCAUUUGUUAGAACCAAUAGUUGUAUUAUGAUUCCCUACCUCAUAUACAAAAGAAUGAGAGUUGUCGAACUUUGACGAUUUAGAUGCAUUCACAUUAGAAAAGGUCUUUUUUUCUUUGCUCAAGGGCUUGAUUAAUUAUAUAUCAUUUUAUAAAAGUUUCUGUAUGAUCUAAUGU